AUGGAUUCUGCAAAAGAUACCUCGACAUCUCCGACCAUAGAGGGGGAAAACAGGUUCUCUUCAAACUCAGAAGUGAGAGAAUCGACCUUCGACUGUGAGGAAGUUGAUACUCGGCCAGUCAUGAUAAAUUAUGACCAGAUCCUGGAUACCUGGUUCCAUUCGACGCUGAAGGCUUUCAUUGUCACAGAUUUGAAUCUUCCAUGGGAAAGCCACAACAGCAUGAAGGCAGCGGGAUGGCAAAUGAUGGACGGCGAAGACCAUUAUAUGAUCAUGACGUGUCUGAAUCCUGAGCGGGAACCUGGAACAGCAGAUAUACAUAAGGCUUCUGAGAGAUUCGGGUCGCAUGCGUUACAAAAUCUCCUUACCCUCCGGAGCAACGUCUUCUCCCCGAAUGUACCCCCUACCGAGUGUCUGCAAAAGCCGGGGCAGGUGGAUGGUGUGGCGGAAAAGAUACCCGACUAUGCGAAGAAUACUCAAAGUAGUGGGGGCAUGGAAGUCCCUGCCGACAAAACUCCAAAGGAGAAUGCUACUCCCGAGACAUCAACAGUCGAAAAGAUUGCUGCAUCGCCUGCAAAGAAAGGAGGGUAUAAGCGAAUGGAGGGGAAAGGCGAGAAUGAUCUACCUGAAAACUUGAGAAAUCUGUCCCCCCCGGGGAAAAGAGGGCUCAAAUUAACAGACAAGCAAAUCCUUGAGUUGAUCCCAUUCACUGCUCGAAUCCGAAAACAGUUCUCACAGCAUUGGACACAGGAAGGCUAUCUGAAGAAGGCAUACCAGCCCCUACUGAACUCAACUAGGAUGCAGGAUGGUAAUGAAGUGCCAAUGUUCCCUCCAAUCAUACAAAAGUCCAACUGCCGGAAUUGGGAGGUGACCAAGGAAAUCGCGACAAGGGAGCACCUGUUCAAUAAGAGAGGGGAAAUUCGGAAGAGACAGCCGAAGUCAAGGAAGGACAGCCAUGAUGCCGAAGGCAAAUUCACUAAAUGUGCGAAAGAGCAAGGCCAAAGCUCUGAGAAAGGCAAAUUGGACUCGGUUAUUUCGAUCCUGGAUGAGAUGAAGUCAAUGCGAGCCACGUCCGGCUCGAAGUUGAAGAAAGGUGCUCAAUUGAUCAGUGAAAUGACGGAUGUGGCGAAACAGCGUAUCCAAGAUCAGGAAGCGUUCGUCAAAAUGAAUCGCGACCGGACCGCAAAAAUGGAGCGCAUCAGAUCUCGGAGGGAUGUUGCUGUCAACCUGUACCAUAGGACCUUGGAAGAUCUCAACAAAAUGCGAGAGACUGCGGGGCAGGAUAAAGUGCCUCCAGAAGAAUUGUCCGAAGACACCGAUACAGAUGCUGUCCGCAAGCCCAGGAAGAAGAAACCGAGAGUGACAGCUCCAUCUGCAGAAGGAUCGUCGACGAGUGCGAAAGACAAGGGGAGACUGUCCACAACCUUACCAGCUGGGGGAGAGAGGAAGCUGAAGAUGCCGAAUAAUGAGAAGGACGCGAACAUAGGCCAGAUUGACGGAGGAUCCUGA